GAUGCACACAUUUGUUUGUAGACUGGUCUCUGUGGGAGUCUCCUUGCUGGUCCAGCAAUGUAUAGACCAGCUGUGUCGAGGGCCAGGAAAGGACCACGUGUGGAACCCUGGGUUGUUGGUCUCAUCACCUUUUUAUCCCUGAUUGUCCUAGCAGUGUGCAUUGGACUCAUUGUUCAUUAUGUUAGAUACAAUCAAAGGAAGACCUACAAUUACUAUAGCACAUUGCCCUUCACAAGUGACAAACUGUAUGAUGAGUUUGGAAGAGAGGCUUCUAAAAAUUUCACAGAAAUGAGUCAAAGAAUUGAAUCAAUGGUGAAAAAUGCAUUUUAUCAAUCUCCAUUAAGGGGAGAACUUAUCAAGUCUCACAUUAUCAAGUUCAGUCAAGAGUCACAUGGAGUUUUGGCCCAUAUGUUGCUGAUUUUUAGAUUUCGCUCUACUGAGGAUCCUGAAGCCAUAAAUAAUAUUAUUGAAAAUGUUCUACACGAGAAGCUGCAAAAUACUGUAGGAACCCCUAAUGUCGACCCUGAAUCAGUUGAAAUUAAAAAAAUCAACAAGACAGAAACAGACCACUAUUUGAACAACUGCUGUGGGACAAGAAGGAAUAAAUCUUCAACACAGAGUCUCAGGAUCGUUGGUGGGACAGAGGUAGAGGAGGGAGAAUGGCCAUGGCAAGCCAGCCUGCAGUGGGAUGGGACCCAUCGCUGUGGAGCGACUUUAAUCAAUAGUACGUGGCUUGUGAGUGCUGCUCACUGCUUCCGAAUGUAUAAGGACCCAUCCAGAUGGACAGCUUCAUUUGGAGUAACAAUAAACCCUCCAAAAAUGAGAAAAGACCUCCGGAGAAUAAUUAUCCAUGAAAAAUACAAAUACCCAUCACAUGACUAUGAUAUUUCACUGGCAGAGCUUUCUAGCCCUGUUCCCUACACAAAUGCAGUACAUAGAAUUUGUCUCCCUGAUGCAACCCAUGAGUUCCACCCAGGGGAUGAGAUGUUUGUGACAGGAUUUGGAGUACUGCAAAGUGAUGGAUACACUCAAAAUCAUCUUCGGCAAGUACAGGUCGAGCUUAUAGACUCUAAAAUCUGCAAUCAGCCUCAGGUUUACAAUGGUGUCAUAACUUCUACAAUGUUAUGUGCUGGCUCCUUAAAAGGAAAAAGAGAUGCAUGUCAGGGUGACUCUGGAGGACCAUUGGUUGGAUCAGAUGCUAGAGAUAUUUGGUACCUUGCUGGAAUAGUAAGCUGGGGAUAUGAGUGUGGACAACCCAAUAAGCCCGGUGUUUACACAAGAGUCACUGCCUUCCGGGACUGGAUCACUUCCAAAACUGGUAUCUAAGAGAGAAGAGUCCAGUGAAAUGAAACAUUGUUUUGUGUAUAUAGACCAUUCUUAGAGAAUUACAGAAUUACAGAACUACAAAAGCCUUACAAAUCACCAGAAUCUGACCCGACUCCUUAAACUGAUGCAUAUAUUUCCUUC